AUGAGAAACGUGUCGUCUCGCCGCAUCCACGAUAACAUCUUCUCCGAACAAUACUGCUAUAAGCGGGAGUCGACGUCUUAUCUGUACCUGAACAGUACCUGGCUCGUGUGGUGCGAAGUAAGAGACGCCUAUCUCGAUCUGCCCGUUGCCCUGUCGGCAUUCGACGUUGCCUCGACGUCUGUCAUGCCACAAGUCAGACGUCGUCAGACUCCGAUCUCCUUUCUACAAAAGCUCUCAGAUGGCACCGAGUCAACCAGCCUAACCGGCUAG